AUGCCUCAUCGCUGCGCUUUUGGAUGUAAAAACACCAACAGUGGUGUGGUGAUGCAUAUGUUUCCAAAUCCAAAAAGAUUUCCUGAACACUUCCAUGCAUGGGUAAAUCUUCUCGGAGGAAAGUUUGAAAGAUUAUCAGAUCAUGAAAUCUACUUAAGAAAGAGGAUUUGUGAUAUACAUUUCACUGAUGCACAUAGAAAUCGGAAUAUCAGGAGUUAUGGUGUUAGAAACAUUGCUCCAAAUACUGUCUCAUUUGAGGGGGCCUUCAAGGCUUUGAUGAUAAAUAAUUAUAGUGAGCCCCAUUCAAGUGGAGCAAAUUGUGAAGAAGAUCACAAUGAGUGUCUUCAAAGUUUGGACUUCUUCCUUAAAGAUAAGAACAUAAUAACUCUUGAUAUCCCUGAUACUAAUGAUACUAUUCAUUUUAACAGUGAAAUUUGCUUUGACCUAUCCAAUGAAAUUAACGCUGGUCAAACCAAUUAUGUCUGCAGA